AUGGACGGAAGAGGUGGUGUAAGUGAAGCAGACACGAGCAAAGCAGGCAUUUACAUCAUGGCAGUGGCAGCGGACAUGGGUGUCGAAGCGGGCGAGGGCGCAGGCACUAAGGUGGUGGAAGCCAGGGUGGCAGCAGGAGUGAGUGUUAUGGGCCACAAGGAUUUAACGGGUGCUGGCGCAGCGGACGCAGGAGUGCUAUGGUUGGCGUUGGUCAGCGAGGGUGCCGAGAGCGUGGGCACAGGCAAGGGUGCAGAAGCUAGGCGA